ACGACCCGCUUUGCGCAUGUGCAGCUGGUUUUAAAUUGCGUCAGGCGCGGUGCGCGGGUCGGCGCGCUCGGCGCGUCGCAGCUCCCGAGUUCCCGGUACCUCCCGCCCGCUGUCGCCUCAGGGCGCUGCUGGGCUCCCACUUUGGCUGCUACCGAGUGGCUGGGUCCUUACCGGGCUGCUUGGAGCUACGGACCGUGUGGACUUCCGCCCCAACCACCUCCGCAGGCGCAGCCGGGCCCGAACAUGGCUGCCUGGGGUCUGGAUCAUCUUAAAAAUGACUAUAGGAGAAGAUUCUGCCGAUCUUCCAGGGCACCUGACAUUAAUACGGAGCAAGGCCAGAAUAUACUGAAAACCUUACUAGACUGUUUUGAAGAAAAAAGUCUUGCCAAUGAUUUUAGCACAAAUUCUACAAAAUCAGUGCUUUAUUCAACACCUAAAAUAAAAGACAUUUGUAUUCAGUCAUCAAGCAAAGAGACUCAGUGCCAGAAAUCACAUUCAAAGUCAGACCCAGUUUCUUCAAGAAAGAAUGAAGCUUCCCUGCAGUUAAUUAUAGAACCAAGUGAAGUUGUCAACAAAUCAGUUCAGGCCCAUGAGGUUCAUCAGAAAAUUUUGGCAACUGAUGUUCAUCCUAAAACUACAUCUGACUCAAGAAAAAUGUCAAAUAAAAAACUAAAAGAUCAUCACAAUGAAGCUGAUGAGGAAUUUUACUUAUCUAUUGGUUCACCUUCUGGUCUUUUGGAUGCAAAAGCACCUUUAUUGCAAGAGGCUGUUCCGUCUGCUGCCCAAAAGAGAGAGACCUACACGUCUGAAAAUUCAGUAAAUAUGCUGCCUUCAAGCACAGAGAUUUCUCAUAAAACCAAAAAAAGGUUAAACUUUGAAGAUAAGGAAGUUUUGAAGAAAGUAGACAUAGCAAAUACAGUAUCAGAAAUAGAGGAUAAAAUACCAGAAGGAUCACAAGAGAGUAAACAGUCAGGAACAUCUCAAAAAAGAAUACAAGAUUCAAAAUAUGAAAAUCAACCACAAGCUAGAAAGAGUUUUUCAACAAUGUUUUUAGAAACUGUAAAAAAAAAAAGUGAAUCCAGUUCUGUUGUUAGGCAUAUAGCAACUGCUCCACCUCACUUAUCUCCUACAAAUAAUACGAAGUUAUUAGAAGAUGAAUUUAUAAUUGAUGAAUCAGAUAAAAGUUUUGCCAAUGAGUCUUGGAUUACUAUACCAAGAAAGGCUGGGCCUCUGAAACAACACACAGUAUCCCCUGCUGAGAGCACUGCACCCCUUCAGAGGAAGAAGUCAAGAGAAAAACAUGACAAUGUAUCAUCUGCAACUUUCACAAGUAACAAACAUUCUGGCAAAGCUCACUCAGUAGAGAAAUCUCAGCCCUCUGAACAAAAAAUACUGGGUAAGAGUUGUGCUUUGACGGAUGAAAUGGAAAAUAAUUGCAAAUCUACAAAAUAUGAAAUGUAUCCUGAGAACGCAAAAAAAUCAUCUGGAAACAAAAGGACUGUAAAACAAAAACAGGGAAGAAAAUUUAAGGCCAGUGUAGUUGAAGAACAAGUUGUUAUGGAACAGUCUAAAGAUAAAAAUAUAAAUAUAUCACGUGUUGCUCAAGACAAGUUACAAAGAAAUUCAGACCGAAAUACAGAAGAGUGUGGAGAGAGAAGUGUUCCAAUUUCCCCAAAACAGUUGCUACCUGUGGGAAACAAGAAAGGUAACACCAGUGUUCCUCAUACAGAGGAUCAGAAAAAAGAUAAGGAAUGCAAAAAGAAGUGUUUUUCAAGUGGGUCCAAGAAGAACAAAAUUGCACCUGAAGAAGUUACUUCAACUGUCACAAGAAGUCGAAGAAUUUCCAGGCGUCCAUCUAAUUGGUGGGUGGUAAAAUCAGAGCAGAGUCCUUUUUAUAGCAAUUCUUCAAUAAGAAAUGAAUUGUCAGUGUAUCACAACAGUAGACGAAAACCUGCUGAAGAAGUAAACCAAUCAUCUAAGAAUAUUGGGAAAAAAACUGUCCCAUUGAAAACGCAGAAGAGAGCUGCUAAAGGCAGCUCACGAGCACAGAAAGUUUUAAAUGUUAAAGAUUCUGGAGGAGUUAUUGACCAUGAUGGAAUUUCCAGUUGUCCCCAGAAUGAGUCAUUGGAAGGUGAUGAGGCAGACUUGGCUAAGAAGAAAAACCUUGAUCCUUCUGGAGAUACAGGAAGCUCAAAGGAUCAAGAUAGUAUGGCUGCACAAAGUGUGCAUCUAAAGUCUCAGAUCAAUGGAUAUACAUGCAAGACACCAGCAGAGUCUAACUUGGAUUCUGGAGAGCCUGGGACCUCGGUUUUGGAAGGGAGUGGACCUUCCAGGCUCAAGAAUUAUUUAACGUCUGGGAAGAAUAAUUUGGAUGGGGAUGAUAAUGAAGUUCAGGAAAGUUCAGAUGAUUCGAGAGUAAAAAGAUCUAACUCGACACCAGAGAACAAAAUGCAUCACAAAUUAGUAUUGCCCUCCAACACACCAAAUGUUCGCAGGACUGUGAGAACACGAUCAAAACCUUUGGAAUACUGGCGAGGAGAGCGUCUAGAUUAUCAAGGAAGGCCAUCAGGAGGAUUCGUAAUUGGUGGAAUACUUUCCCCAGACACAGUAUCAUCUAAAAGGAAAGCAAAAGAAAACUUGGGAAAAGUCAACGCAGUAGAUAAUAGGAAAAGGAUCUGUCUUGAUAAUGAUGAAAGAAAGAAUAAACUUGUGGUAAAUCUGAAUAUACCUCUUGGAGAUCCUUUGCAGCCAACGAGGGUAAAGGACCCUGAAACAAGAGAGAUUAUUCUUAUGGAUCUUGUGAGGCCACGAGAUACAUAUCAAUUUUGUGUUGAACAUGGUGAGUUAAAAGUAUAUAAAACAUUGGAUACACCCUUUUUUUCUACUGGAAAAUUGAUACUAGGACCUCAUCAAGAAAAGGGAAAGCAACAUGUUGGCCUUGAUACAUUGUUCAGUAAUAAAGAAGUUAAAAGACUUCUUCAAAGUCAUAUAACUAGUUUGCAGCAGAUUGAGGACUUGGAGUGAGUUGCUUCAGUAAGUACUAAAUAAUACAUUACUGUAAAUAGCAGUAUUACUGGAUGAAGUUAUAGUAAGACUCAAGGUGAGUCACUCUCUCUCUCUCUGUCUCUCACUGGAGACACACAUCCCUGAAACAUUGUAUAUAUAUCAGACAAUCUCUGCAUCUUGAAAUUGAAAAUUAAAGAUUUUAAGAAUCACCAGAUUUUAAGAAUAUUUAAUAUUAUACCAGCAUUUAAAAAAUAUUGUAUCUAAGGUACAUUUUUCAGUAAGUAACAUUUUCAGUAAAUAAGUAUCAUUUCAGGAUCAUGGGUUACUGGAGGACAACAUUCAAAACACUUUUUUUUUUACUGACAGUUAAAGUAAGCUCAAAAAGGAGAAACAAAAAGAGCAUCAGGACCCUUCAGUUUAUAUUAAGGCAAAUCAAGGCAAGGAAAGGAAAAUGUACAUAUGAGAGUAAAAGUGUAAUUUACUAUUACAUCAAUAUAGUAUAUAGAAUCCAGAUUUAAAAUAUUUUAAAAUAUUUUUUAAUCCAGUCUUAAAAUGUUAUAGAUUUCCAGGUGUUAUUAAGAGAGUAAGAAUAACACAUUUAACUAACUAAAGUAAUAGAUAAUCCCUGUGUAAUUAUUAAGGAACAAUUAAUAGGGGAGGAGGGCAUAGCUUAAUGGUAGAGUGCAUGCCUAGCACGCACGAGAUCCUGGGUUCAAUCCCCAGUACCUCCAUUAUAAAUAAACAAAUAAACCUAAUUACCUCCCCCUCCGAAAUGAAAAAAAGAAGGAAAAUUAAGGAACAAUUAAUAAUGAAGAUAAGCAUUAUGAAAUGUCAUCAUUGAACUAAUAAUAGUUACCCAUUAAACUGUAAUGCCUUUGUUAUAAAAAAAGAAUAUUGAAUAGUAAAUGAAAGUGUUUAACCUAAUAUUCAAAGAAAUCCAUGUUAAAAAUAAAGGACACUUUAUAAUUACUCAGUAGAAAUUAUUGGAAAAUUGUUAUACACUUUCACUUAUGAAUAUAAUUUCAUAAUUUUUUCCUAGGAAAAUAAAUGAAAAGUUAGGGAAGCUGGGGGUGGGAGGGUGGCGAGUAUAGCUGAGUGGUAGAGUGCAUACUUAGAAUGAAUGAGGUUCUGGAUUCAGUCCCCAGUUCGUCCAUUAAAAAGAAGAAGUUAGGGAAGCUGAAUAUACAUAGUUAUUCAUUGUAACACUGACAGUAAUUGCAAGCAUUAGAAACUACUGAAACUGUGCUACAGGAAGAAAAUGGCUAUAUUUAUAUUUUGACUUAGUAAUAAAUAAACCAUUAUAUGAUAAUCAGUUAUAUAGCACUUAGAUGUUCCAGGCACUGUACUAAACAUUUUUAUAUUAAUGUAAGCAUAUUAUUUUGAAGAAUAGCCAUCUGGAACACCUUUAGGAUAAACAUUUAAGCAAACUGCAAGACAGAAAAUUCUUUUUAUUUUUUUCUGACUAGAAUUUAAAAAUGAAAAUGACAGAGAUGUGAAGGAACUACAGAAAAUAACAUGUUACUAGAUGAUUAUAUUUGAUUUUUAUUUCUUCUAAAUAUUGCCUUUAACUUCAUAAUGAAAAUCAGAGUUAAAGUUUAAAAAAAAAUAAUGGAGUAUUUUUACAUUUUAAAAAAUGAAGCACAUUUUUAAAUAUACGCUCUUGAGAAACAAAAAGAGCAAGAUGGAGAACCAGCAUAGGCUAUUAACUCUUUCACACUCAGUUCUAGAUAAUCAGUAAGAGAGAAAGUAGCACAGAAGAAUUAACAAAUUAACUGUGGGAGUUGGUUGUGGAGCUCUACUAGAAGACAAGAGGAUAUCAAGAAAUGGAAAAUAUGAAAGUUUAGUGAUACGAAGAACAGAAAAAAAAAACAAAAACAGAAGGAGUUAAAAUCCAAAUGACCAAAAGGUAGAAAUACUUGAAAAAAUAUUUCCAGACAAUAAUUGCUCCAGAACUAAAAAACAAAGUGACAGCAACACAUUAAAGGAACCAGAGUUCCUUGGAGAGAUGUCUGAUUUCAGGCCCGGGCUGAGCUUGAAAUAUUUUUAUUAUACGUGAUGGCAAACUGUCAAAGACCAUUAAGAUUGGCUCGUAAGAUCUCAGAAUCGAACUUGAAGACACACUACCUGGACAAAGAUGCGAAAACUUGAGUAUCAAUAAGAAUAACUUCAGUGGAUUGAUAUACAUCAAUUAUAUCUAAAUCUGUGAAUUUCUAAGACUACUACAAAAAGAAAAGCUUAAUUCAACACUGUUAAAGAAUUCUAGGCCGCCAACCCUUAACAACAAAUAUGGUAAAUAAAGGGAAAUAAUUAAACACUUAUUCUGCUGUUCUCAUAUAAACUGUACUAUUAGGUAACCAAAUGAUAAAUGAGGGGAAUUUUAUCCUUCUUGGUAAUACUCCAUUUUAACAUUCCUUCUUCAUUUAUUAAUUAGAAUAUUUCUGUUCCAAUUAAUAUUUCUGUUUACAACACCUGAUAAAUUAUUGGAUCUAUGAUCAGUGUCUGCUAACAUCUAAAAAGUGUAUGACCAGAUAUUAUGUGCCUUCAAAUGGAAGUAUACAACACUGUCUAUGAAGUAAUCUUGCCUCCCCUACCUUUUAAAGAACAACAACAAUAAAAAAAA